AUGGCUGGUCCUUUACCCUCGUCCUCGGAUUUCUCUCACAACAUCGAUCCUUCCCAAUCAGACUCAACCCCAGGAUAUAACGUCACUUCCCAAUCAUAUCCACCUCCACCUCCUCCUGCACUUUCAACUUCUUCCGCGGAAGCCGCGAGCAUCACAACUCCAGCUCCCACUACUGAAAAGGGCCCUCAACUAUACGUCUGUGGCCAUUGCGGACGACGCUAUUCAAGACCAGAGCACCUUCAACGACAUGUCCAAACUCACACUUUAGGCCGUCGCUUUGCAUGUGGAAUCUGUGGAAAGACAUUUGCGCGUGCUGAUCUGAAGAAACGCCAUGAGGCAAACCACGAGAAUGAUGAUUCAAAGAAGAGAAGACGUACUACUACUGCUCUCAACUCUGGAAGAGUCACUCAUGCUUGUAAAGCUUGUGCCGCUGCGAGAGUGAAAUGUCAAGAGGAAAAGCCUUGCCAAAGAUGUACUCGCCGUGGGUUGACCUGUGUCUCGUCUGAUGCCGGAUCUGCAGCAGCCAUGAACCUAGUACAUUUAUCUGCCAGCGCGCGAUCUAACACGCCUGCCGAAGAAGAGUACGAUAGCGGUUCAGCUACUGGCACUGUCCCGACAUAUGUUUCUGUUGAUCAAUCAUCUUUACAUGGCCAAGCCGCCCAGCUACAGUCACAGCCUCUAUCCAGAUCAGUUACUCCCAAUACCAGCGACUUCACCAAACACGAGCCUAGUUCGUCUGCUCAACCCGAAGCGGACCAGCUUCCAUUUUGUGACUUUCUACGAGACGUCUUGUACGAGCAGCAGCCUUACGAUCAACCAACUAGGAUGCCAGACAGCCAGGGCCUCGCCGUUCUAGACUUCUGCAAUGACACCAACAUGGAACUCUCCGACAUGGACUUUGGGCUGUUGGAUCACUGGAACACAGAUGGAAUGGGAGCAACUAGUGCGAUACCAGCUCAGCAGGAGACUCCCAAGUCAGAUACCUCUACCGACAUGGCGCAUAUGCAUAUGCGACAAAACCUCGUUACAGCCUGGGACGUCUCACCAUGGCGAUGGGAUCCGGUAGCAAAGGAUAAUGCGUUCGGUGAACAAGGCAACCUUCCCGUAUCGAAAAAUGAGGUUGCAUCCAUACAAGCCCAGACUUCUAAGGGGGGUCUCAGACGGGUUAUUGACCAGAAGCUUGACUUUGCUGCUCGUGAUGGUGUCUUAGCACUCGUUCUAGGCGCUUGUCAACCCGAUGCCAUGUCGAGCCGUAUUUCAGGGUCUUUUCCCUCGGCAGAUCUUCUGGAUACCAUGCUACAUGUCUUUCUCAACUCACAUACCAAUCAAGUAUCUGACUACAUACACUUUCCCACUUUCAAGCUCAAUGAGCAAGAGCCCGAGUGGAUUGCUGGAGCUGCAGCAGCCGGCGCCGUACUAACUCCUAUACCGACAUUACGGAAAUUUGGUUAUGCUCUCCAAGAAUCUGUUCGUAUUGUUAUACCCAGACGAUUUGAAGAAAACAACGAAUCAAUCCUAAAUUUAGGUCUAAUCCAAGCUAUCGUCCUUGGUCAAGACACUGGUUUAUGGAGUGGGAAUCGACGCAAGAUGGAGAUCGCAGAAUGUCAUGUCAACAUUCCCACCACGAUGAUGCGGUAUCGUGGCAAGUUCCAACGUUCGACAUACCCUAUGCUUUCAGUGACUGCCGCCGAUGAGGGUGCCAAUCUGGAGCAGAAAUGGAGAACAUGGGUUGACAUGGAGAAAUGGAAACGAUUUGUCUUCCAUUUAUUCCUUCGAGAUAGCCAGCAGUCAAUGACAGCCUUGACAAAUCCAGUCAUGUCAUAUGCAGAGCUUACGCUUCCUCUGCCUGCCUCGAAAGAGCUAUGGUACGCCAAAACAGCCAAGGAUUGGAAACACGCAUAUUUGAGACGAGAAGCUGGGCACGUAAAACGGGCUCCCUCAGUUGGCGAUCUGGUCCGCGACCUGAAUCUCCUUGCAGAGAAUCGACAUCGAUUGGAUGUUCAACUUUCAGCAGCCGUCUAUCUCCAGGCCUUCUGGCUCCUAAUUCUUGAGUAUAGAAACUUGUGCUCCUCGUGCAGGACACGAUCCUAUACCCAAGAUGAGUAUGGCGGCACCAAUUCGCUACUAGAUGCACGCCGGCAUCAGCUUUUGCAAGACUUGCAGACGUUCAAGACUACAACCAUGAACUGGCCGGAGAUAACAGCACAGGAACGACUCCUACUCAACCAACUCAUGAUGGGGUUGCAUAUAUCCAUGGAUGACCUACAGCUUUUUGCUGGUAAGGAGGGGGACGAGCAGGCGCACCGAGCAUUCCCGGUACUUCAACAAUGGGUUGAGAGCAUCGAUUCUCGAGCAGCUAUAUGGCACGCUGGGCAAGUUCUCCGAUUCGCCAAACUAUUUCCUACGGCGCAGUUGAAGAACUUUUACGCUGUCGGGGUGCACCAUGCAGCACUCGCCAUCUGGACAUACGGCGUUAUUAAGAGGGCUGGCAAUGGACAAGGUGUGUCUUCUCAGCAGGAGAAAAUUUACAUAGACGGACCAGAAUCGAUGAGCAUACAGAGGUACAUCACUCUGGGACAGGGGGUUCCAACUAUUCGAGGACCCAAUAGCCGCAACGGGGCGUCUGAAGCGGCGAUUGAGAACCCCAAGGCAGGUAUGGAAGCUAUCCAUGAGGUUAUGCAGGCGAACUUUGGGGGUGCCAAUAAGAUGGCGCCGGCAAUUGUGGAAAAUCUGUGCGUCUUGAUACGGCAGCUUGGCAACGUUGCUUGGGCAGUCGGGCUGGGAUGA